AGCGCGCGCGGGACGGCCGUUGGGCUCGCGGGCGGCGACCGUUGGGCUCGAGGGCGCCGGCCGUUGGGCUCGCGGGCGGCGGGGGCAAGCCCAGCGCGGGGCCAUGGGGGCGAAGCUGCGGCUCCUCUGCGCCGCCGCCGCGCUGCUGUGCGCGGCGCUGCCGGGGCGGCUCAGCGCCCGCAGCGCCGCCGCCGUGCUCGCCGGGGGCGAGGGGGAAGGGUACGUGGUGAAGCUGUGCGGCCGGGAGUUCAUCCGCGCCGUCAUCUUCACCUGCGGCGGGUCCCGCUGGAAGCGGCUCUCCCUGCUGGCCGUGGAGCCGCCGCCCGCGGCCGAUUUUGUUGAAACAGCAAGUAACAAACUACUGGGAAACCUAAAGUUGCAGUCAGUUCCGGGUCCUGAACUGGAGCAGCUGCAGAGAAGCAGCCCCCUGCUUGGAUGGGAGACACUGAAAGACUUUUAUGAUUUAAAUGACUAUAAUGAAUAUGUACCCAUGGCAGAUGACUUCAAAGAACUUAGUCGCCAGAUAGAAGAAGCUGUUCAGAAGGACAGGGGAGGAACAGGAAUUGCAGACCCCAUGGGAUCAAACAAUUUCCUCUGGGCCAAGUAUCCCAGAAGAAAACGGGAAUCCCUGGGUUUGGCAGGAAUGUGUUGCAAAUGGGGCUGUACGAAAGCUGAAAUUAGUACUAUAUGCAGAGUUUAAAAUUCUGCCUGUGCUUAUUUUAGAUACAUAGAAUCAGUGUUAGUGGCAGUGCUACUUGUUUGAGUACUGUAUGGAGGAAGAAAACUCGUACUGUAUUUUAUUUUGUCUGUAAACCCCAGUAAAUGCUGCUGGUUUUCUUUAAAAAAAAGAAAAAAAAAUCCACAAAUGUAAUUGUAAUGACUUUGUUUUGUUGCAGUAACUUUUGAUCUAUAUUUUUUACUAAACCUUUACAAUUCCUUUUAAUGUCUAGUCUUUAAACUUACAGCACAAAUCUAAUAUCAUAUAUUUGUAACACUUGAACUUCAGUGUUUCAUUAAAGAGUAAUUAU